AAGCAGUGAGGGUUCUUGAUAUCAUACUAAGGCAGAAUGCAGCAAAGCAGGGUUGUCUCCUUGUCCGACAGUCUUUCUUCCAUAACAAUCCGAGGAACUUCGCAGAGUUGGGAGCAGGUGUAUUAGGCUGCAGGGGUUUCCAUUCAAGCUUUCGAGCUACCCAAGGGGGUCUGUCUCUGAACAUGGAUGUAUCUACUACAAUGAUCGUGAAACCUGGUCCUGUUCUCAACUUCCUCAUGGAGAACCAAAAUGUUAAGACUCCAUACCAGAUUGAUUGGAUUAAGGCUAAAAGGAUGCUAAAGAAUCUAAGAAUAACGACCUAUUCCUCUAAGAUGGAGUACAAAAUCACUGGAUUGAGUGACAAACCAUGCAAGGAGCAGAGGUUCUUUCUGAAAACAAAGAAAGGACAGGAUGGUGAUGGAGAGGAAAUCACGGUUUCUAAUUAUUUUGCUCAAUAUAAACACUUACCAGUGCGCGAUUCAGCAGAUUUUCCAUGCAUCAAUGUUGGGAAACCAAAGAGUCCAUCUUACUUUCCACUUGAGCUCUGCAACUUGAUUUCAUUGCAACGCUAUACCAAAGCUUUAUCCAGUAUGCAAAGGGCUUCGCUAGUGGAGAAGUCUCGGCAAAAGCCCCAAGAGCGGAUGUCAGUUCUGCGUGAUGCACUGAAGACUAGUAAAUAUGAUGCUGACCUGAUGCUUCGUUCAUCUGGAAUAUCAAUCGGUGCUGACUUCGUGCAGGUUGAAGGCCGUGUUUUGUCAGCCCCAAAGCUAAAAGUUGGCGAGGGACAAGAUUUUUUCCCUCGGAACGGGCGUUGGAAUUUUAACAACAAGAAAUUGAUACAACCUGUGAAAAUAGAGCGCUGGGCUAUUGUCAAUUUCUCUGCUCGCUGUGACACUCGGUACCUGGUCAAUAAUAUGUUGAAGUGUGGAGAGAUGAAAGGAAUUGUCAUAAAUGAUCCAUUUUUUGUAUUUGAAGAGAACAACCAGAAUAGACGUGACCCAGCUCCUGUUAGAGUGGACAAGAUGAUUGAAUACAUAAAGUCCAAACUUCCAGGACCACCAGAGCUUCUGUUGUGUAUUCUUCCAGAGAGGAAGAAUUCUGACAUAUAUGGUCCAUGGAAAAGGAGAAAUCUUUCUGAGCUUGGGAUUGUAACACAGUGCAUUGCUCCUGCAAAACUUAAUGAUCAGUACAUCACAAAUGUGCUCCUGAAAAUCAAUGCAAAGCUGGGUGGAAUGAAUUCCUUGCUACAAGUGGAGCAUUCUCCUUCUAUACCUUUGGUUUCUAAGUGCCCCACUCUGAUUUUGGGAAUGGAUGUGUCACACGGCUCACCUGGGCGUUCAGAUGUACCUUCUAUUGCAGCGGUGGUGAGUUCCAGGAACUGGCCCUUGAUUUCUCGGUACCGAGCUGCUGUUCGUACUCAAUCGCCAAAAGUAGAAAUGAUUGCUUCUCUGUUCAAGCCUGUAUCAGAUAAAGAAGAUGCGGGCAUAAUCAGGGAAUUGUUGCUAGACUUUUAUGCUACUUCAAAUAGCAGGAAGCCUGAUCAGAUAAUUAUUUUCAGGGAUGGAGUGAGUGAAUCACAGUUCAACCAAGUCUUGAAUGUGGAACUGGAUCAGAUUAUUCAGGCCUGCAAAUUCCUUGAUGAGAGCUGGUCUCCAAAGUUCACGGUUAUUGUUGCUCAGAAGAAUCAUCAUACAAAAUUUUUCCAGACUAGUUCUACUGAAAAUGUGCCAGCUGGCACAAUUAUUGACAACAAAGUUUGCCAUCCCAAGAACAAUGAUUUCUACUUGUGUUCUCAUGCUGGGAUGAUUGGGACUACUCGACCUACUCAUUAUCAUGUUCUAUACGAUGAACUCGGGUUUUCAGCAGAUGAUUUGCAAGAACUUGUUCAUUCUCUAUCAUAUGUGUACCAAAGGAGCACUACAGCCAUCUCUGUAGUUGCUCCAAUCUGCUACGCCCAUCUAGCUGCCGCUCAGAUUUCACAGUUCAUCAAGUUUGAUGAUAUGUCUGAGACUUCCUCAAGCCAUGGUGGUGGUGUGACUGUUGCUGGUGGUGUGGCCGUGCCCGAGUUACCCCGGCUUCAUGCUAAUGUGAUCAACUCCAUGUUCUUCUGCUGAAGAUUUGGUUUCAAUUUCAUAUCCCAUGGUGGAUGGCUUCAUAAUAGCUAUGAAGUUUUUGUGAACCAACUGUUUUGAGUUAACGGAUUUGAAUAGGAAUUUCACUAGCGUGUAUAUCUUUUGUAGUUGAAAUUAUCUAAAGCUGAAACAUUUCAGAAAUCAUGUAUUGAUGAUUUCUGUUUUUAAGAAUUAAUCCUUAUAUGAUAGUAUGCAAAAUGUUGUCAAAA